UCUGGACCCGGCAGAAGGCACGCUGCACAUAUUCCAAAUUUCUCGGGAGGAUUUUUCUUGUUCCUAUUUAUGACGAAGGACAAUACACGAUUCCGCCGUAUCACGUUUGCUCAGAUGUGCCGGCGGAGCCCAGUGUAAACUCCCAGCGCUCCUGACUGGUGCUGACAGGAACCUCUCUCUCUCUGUUGUUGUCCUGCUCUCUGCCCCGCACACUUCAUAGGGAUGGUAGCGAGUUAGCUCGUCACACUGGAGAAGCUGGAUUCACUCGCUAACGCUGCACCUGGGGGCUCGGUUGUGAAAACAAUGAAUUUACUACCGUCUAACCCUCACGGCAACGGGCUCCUUUAUGCUGGAUUUAACCAGGAUCACGGAUGCUUUGCCUGUGGAAUGGAAAAUGGAUUUCGUGUGUACAACACCGAUCCCCUCAAAGAGAAGGAGAAGCAAGAGUUCCUGGAGGGCGGAGUUGGCCACGUGGAGAUGCUGUUUCGGUGUAACUAUUUGGCACUAGUGGGAGGAGGGAAGAAACCCAAGUAUCCAACUAACAAAGUAAUGAUUUGGGAUGACCUGAAGAAGAAGACAGUUAUUGAGAUUGAGUUCUCCACAGAAGUGAAGGCAGUGAAGCUUCGACGUGACAGGAUUGUGGUGGUCCUGGACUCAAUGAUCAAAGUGUUCACCUUUACCCACAACCCCCAUCAGCUGCAUGUGUUUGAGACCUGCUACAAUCCUAAAGGUCUGUGUGUGCUGUGUCCUAACAGUAACAACUCUCUGCUGGCGUUCCCUGGGACUCACUCAGGCCAUGUGCAGAUAGUGGACCUGGCCAACACAGAGAAACCCCCAGUUGACAUUCCCGCCCAUGAGGGGUCGCUGUGCUGCAUCGCCCUCAACCUGCAGGGCACAAGGAUAGCUACUGCAUCAGAGAAGGGGACUCUUAUAAGAAUUUUCGACACGUCUGCAGGUCAGCUCAUACAGGAGCUGAGACGAGGCUCUCAGGCAGCUAACAUUUACUGCAUUAAUUUCAACCAGGAUGCGUCCCUCAUCUGUGUGUCCAGUGACCACGGCACAGUCCACAUCUUUGCUGCAGAGGAUCCCAAAAGGAACAAACAGUCAAGCUUGGCAUCGGCCAGCUUUCUUCCCAAAUACUUCAGUUCGAAGUGGAGCUUCUCCAAGUUCCAGGUCCCCUCAGGUUCUCCCUGUGUGUGUGCCUUCGGGACGGAGCCCAAUGCUGUCAUAGCCAUUUGUGCUGACGGCAGCUACUACAAGUUCCUGUUCAACCAGAAAGGGGAGUGUUCCAGAGACGUCUACGCCCAGUUCCUGGAGAUGACGGAUGAGAAAAUCUGAUCUUUGACCCCUCUGCAGACCUGCUAUUACACCGCCUGCUCUCUCCGGUUUCUUUUUUUCCGUUGCGUUUAAAUUUUGGAGGAUACAGGAAAUGUUCCCCGUGGCACUUCUCCUUAUCUUGACAGACUCUGUGACGGAGCACCAGAUGAAGGGAGGAAAAAUAAAGAAAAGCACAGACUUUGGAGGAACUGUUAAUGUGGACAGAUGGAAGCACCAACAGCGAUGCAGACUUUUGUCUCACAGUCUCGUGAGGAUUGUCUCUGGACAGAGGGACACACACGCCGACUCUACCCCCCCCCGCCCCCAAACACAACAGAAAAGAGGGAAAGUUAUUUUUUUGAAAGAACGACAGCUUUUUAAGACGUCUUCCCAGGAAUUUACAAAGGAUGGCUAUUUUUAAUCACAUAGAUGAUUCUGAUAGUUAGACGGAUUGAAAAAUAUUGAGAUUUUUGUCAACUAACACCGCCUAACUAUAGGGAGUGCCUCUGAGACUGGAGAGAAUCUGUAUGUGUGAACAUAUUAAUGUUGUCAUAUAUACACCUGUGUGUUAGUGUAUAUACACCAAUGUACCAUAUUAGGUGUUUGCAAAGCAGGAUCAGAACGAGGUGAAUGGAUUUCUCCACCUCUGCCUUUACGGUUCAGGAACAUUGGAGCAGGCUGAUUCUGCGAUGUGAAACGCCACGCUAGUAUUAUUAGAUUUUCUUAUAUUCACUGUAUAAACACAAUGCGCCAGACUGAACUUCUAAAUACUUAGAAUUGUACAAAAUAGUAGCAAAAAGAAAAAAUAACGUGUAUUUUUGUUCCAGUCUUCCUUUUUUUUUUUUCAUAUGUUGUGCAAUAUGUGUUCUGAGAUGCUUGUGAAAGUUGAGUGUUGUUCCCGCCCACAUAAGAAAAGCUUAAAGAAACAGUUAGACUUUUAUUUGGAAAUUUGGCUUCUUCACUUUUUUGCCAGUUUUUGUCUGGAUCAAUCAAAGAGAACGAAUGUGGUUUACUGAGCUUUAGAGAUGCUAAGCUGCAUCCCUGUCUCAAGUCUUUAUGCUCAGCCAAACCAGACUGUAUAUAAAGAUAAACGACACGUCUCCACUUCCUGUCGAUGUAUGGAAAUUACCCCAAAUAUUGGUGCUGCCAUCUUGCAGUUUUGACGUAAUUUGGAGCUGGAGUCUGCGCUUCAGUGAUGGUGAAGUUCAGCCGCAGUAUUGGGCUGCUACAACAAGUCAGUCACAGCUGUCAUGUCAUUUAACACCAUUCUCAUAGCAUCAAAGAACUAAUUAAAUCCAACCAUGAACACUUGAAGAUGCAUCAAUGUGAUGAGAAUGGCCAAAAAUGACAGAACACAAAUUUUUAGUUUGAUCAAUGUCCUAUCUGCAAAGAUUGAGGAGGCAGGGUUUAUGACUUAUUCUGCAGCCAACCAACAGGGGGCGAUCCUGUUGAUUAGGCUUCACUUUAAGAAAGCUGUCACAUCCUCCAACUUUAUAUACAGUCUUUGAGCCAAAGCUAGCUUAAAGGUUCAGUGUGGAAUUUAGUGACAAUCUAGUGGUGAAGUUGCAUUUUGUAGUAAAGACAUCACUAUUAUUUUAUUGUUUCAUUUCUACCAAUAGAUCCCUUUCACCUAAAUCUUACACACUGAACCUUUAAGCUUCACAUUUCCAGACAUGAUCUCACUUCUGGCAAGAAAGUGACUCAGCUUAUUUAUUCCAAACCACAGAACUACUCCUUUAAAGAGUUUGUUAAAGUUGAGUUGGUUCUUUUACCUGAACGGGAAAGCUUCAGAGCCAAAUAAGUGCACGGUUUCCAUCUUUCAUCACAAAAUUAUAAAGAACAUUCGGUUCGAGACUGCACUUCAUGUAUGUUAACACACAAAUAAGCCAAGAUGAUUAAAUCAAGAACCUCUGAUUGGUGAUAAAUAGUUCUCUUCAUACACUUUUCAUCGCCCGGUGUGGCUCUCCAAAAGUUUGUAGUGAGUCACAUGUGUCUGAGCUUCUCCUCCCUGCUUCUGACACCCUCCACACGUUGUACUCAUGUAAAUCAGGGAAUCUGAAGUGCUCUGUGGAACCCAGGAGACGAGUGUGGAUCCACCACAGCGUGUACGCAAAACUAUGUCAAUGUGUGGUUAACAUUGUUUUCAUUUUUGUGCAAAAACACAUCACCUUUGUGUUGCUCUCUACAUCAGAUUGUACACGUGCAGGCCUCACUUUUGUUGAACACACACACAGUCGCGCACACACACACAGCACAUAACCACAGUGGGGACGCUGCACAAACUGAAAAGCCAACCUGUUUCUGACACACUCAGAAUGAUUGUAAAACCUGCGUGUAAACUUGUGAAUAAAAUUUAACAUCUGCUUUUACAGUUAAAA